AUGUGGUUUCUAUAGUAACGUGUAAAGCAUGCGCUAUGCCAGACAACAAACAGACAUCACAGCAACCACAGCAACUGUGUGCACAAGAACUGCAGUAAAAGAUAAAACUAAACCAGGAAAUACCACUAAGAAGGGAUGGGGUAGAACAGAACUUAAGCCCAAACGAAAAGGCAUAUUAAAGAACAAAAACAUGGCUAUGGCCAUGAGUAAAUUCGCCAAUGAAGAAAGCAACUCCAAGAUGGAAGUGGAGGACGAAAUCAAUAGACUUCGAGACGAGAUUGAGCAAGAAAAUCAAAUGAAAUUGAUGCUUGAUCAAUCAAUUGAGCUUGAUAAAACCGUUGAGCAACUCAUAAAUAAAUAUCAGGGAAAUGAAAUUGAAGAUAAUGAAUGGAAAACUCGCUAUCAAACACAGUGCCAAAUUAAUGAGCAACUGGAAAAACAAAGAAUUAUGUUACAAGACAAAUUGCAGAAUUUUCAGGAGUCGACAAAAGUGGAAAUCAUCAAAUGCAAAAGAAGUCAAAUAAAGAGGAACUGCUUUUUCAUAAAUGAUUCUGACAUGUCACAGGUCGAGAUAAGAAAGUUGAUGAAACAGUUAGAUCGAGAAAAAAGGGACUUAGAAGGCCAGUUAAAUGAUUUGGAGUGGAGACUGAAUAAUGAAUCAAGGUCAUUUCAUAAGCUUGAAGAAGAUCGAAUGUACGUGACCGAAUUACAAGAGACGAAGGCCGUUAUUGGUGAAACAAAGGCCAAGCAUCGACAUGCACUUGAUGAUAUGACACGAGAAACGAAUCAAAACAAUCGCUUGACAAAAUCUAUAGAAUUAUUAAAAAAUUCAUCAACGAACGACUGUAAUAAUGUUAGUGACACGUCAACACAAUUUUUUAGACUAACAGGUCAAUUUGGUCUACCCGACAAUCAAAGGAUCAUUGAUCCCAAGAAAGGUCCGGUAAAGAGGACGGCAAAUGUUAGAAAGCUCCCUAAGUUACCUAAAAAUCCCCUGACACGAAACGAUAGAUCGGUAGAUUCAGCAAGGUGACGUCGCAAGUCAGCAUGGCACAACAUCGUAGUUGUGAAAAACGCAUAUAUUUUAGUCUUAAAUCAUAUUCAAAGUGUACAAAAAUGCAUAAGCUCCGCCAUACGAGUGAUAUUCAUGUUAGCAUAAUGUCAUAACAGCGCAUAUUACGUGGGAAAUGGUGGUGAAGACAUUAUGGGAAAUCGGAGUAUGGGAUGCAACAUAUAUGUAACACAUGCUGUACUUCCCAAUCCCACCAUCCUUGUCACGUGACGGCAUUCACAUUUUAUAACAAUAAAAGAACAUAUGUAUGAUUGUAAAAAUGUCUAAACUCGAUUAUACGAGUUGUUUACUUUAAAUAUAUACGGUGUUUGACACCAUGGUCCACAUCAGGGCGUAAAAACAUCAAGCCGAAUAAUGUUUCAUUGCGCCCUGGUCAUCAUGGACCAAGAGUGAACAAUUUUUUGAACUAUUGUUAACUCCCAAGUCUGGUGAUGGAGUUUAUUAUAGCUAAUACGCAGUUGAAUUAAUUAACAGGCAUGAAAGUAUAGAAAUAUAGAUUUCUAUGAAUAAAGACAAGCAUCAUAA